AUGGACCGCAGCAGCCUCUACGAAAGCGACGUCCCCUCGCUCAGCGCCUCGCUGGAAGCCUUCGAACACGCCGAGCGCGGCACCCAUUCGACCUUUGGCAACCGAUCCGCCAUGCAAUCCUCGUCGCGCUGGAGCGCCCAAGACGCUUCCGAAUCCUCUGAACCAGAGAGCGACGGGCCCUGGGCGCCGCCCGCCUGGCAGCGCUCUUCGACCACAAAUGACUGGUACCGCAAAUCCCUCCUGAGUGAAAGCGCGACGUUGCGCUCGAGCCACAGCCCUUCAAAGCCGGCGGGCAUCGCGUCGUCGCGCUUCAACCCCAGACCCGUCGACCGCGAGAUUACGCCCUCGCGCAUACCUUUGCCCGAAUCUCCGCUAAAGAUGACACCUAGGACAAGCCCCGACCCCGUCAUUGGGGAGCAAGAGACGAGAGACACCAUCGCCGAGAGGAUGCAGAGCCCACCGUGGGAGGAGAAGGAGCAGGCGGGUGUUGGGCCCGAUGAGGGUGACGAGGGUGAGGAGAUGAUGUUGUCGCAUCAUGAAGAUGCGGGAGCGCACAGCGAGGACCACGCGCGCCCUGGAUAUGUCAACUUCUCGGUCCGCGCAGAGACGCUGUUCCGCACCGGGCCACUCGAGGACCUGGUCUCUGCGGGCGCGCGAGCUCUCAACCUGUUUACGCAAUCGCGACUGAGCAUACUAUGCACCAUCGGCACCAUCAUCCUCGCCUACGUCCUCACGCUCCAGUGGACAGACAGUCUGAUACCCGACAUAGCCAACGUGGCCAACAUGGCGAGGCAGUUCGAGCCGCUCAUGUUCGCCUCCGAGAACGUGAUACCGCGCUCGCGCGAGCUGGCCGAUGCGAGCAUCGCGGUACAAGACUUGGGGGAGAGCGUCAGGGCGACGAACAUGUCUGCGUCUACCAUCAUCAUCGAGCAGCUGACCGAUCUAGGAGACAGCUUGUCGCUGCUAUCCGACCAGCUGCGCAGUUUCUUCACCAACGUGGACGCCGACAUGGACUCCAUCCUCCUCGCCAUGGAAUGGACCAAGCGCGAACUCGAAACCCUCCAAGGCCCCUCCCCCUCGCUCAUCGACAACUUCAUCGGCAACCUGCACGGCGCCCUCUCCAAAACUGGGCUGCUGGAAGAUGGCAACGGCCAAACGACGGCCGUAGGCAGGCUCGUGACGGACAUGGUGGGGCAGACGACGCAGCAGCGCAACCGGGCGACACUGCAGCGCACCUUUGACUACCUGCUCUCGACGCUGGAAGAAAACAUCACCAACGAGCUCAGCCGGGCGGAUUCGCUCUACGCGCUCUUCGAGACGGUGGACCGGCAAUUCCAGAACCUGCACCGCAGCGUGGCCAAGGAGGAGGACAGCCUGUCGUCGCGCAAGGACGAGUUCCUGGCGCGCAUGUGGCGGCAGAGCAUCAAGAACAAGAUGCAAAUCAAGAAGUACGAGAAGAACCUCAAGCUGCUGAAGACGGUGCGGGCGUCGACGCUGGAGAACAAGAGCGAGCUCAAGGCGCACGUGCAGGUGAUCAACUCCGUGAAAGAUCAGCUGGAUAAGGCGCGCAAGAAUCUGAUUUCGCCCCUGAUCCGCAGGGCGCAGAGUAGUGGGUACGGGGUGGAGCAGCAGCUGGUGGAGCUGCAGGGGACGUAUCGGGCGCUGAGGGGGGUGCGGGAGGGGCAGAAGAUGAGGGUCUAUCAGGCCAUGUUCCGGGUGGAGCCGCGGAGGCGGGUGGUGACGAUUGGGGAGGAGGAGGGGGAAGGGGAGUAG